UACCGCAGCAGUCCGCACCACCCCGCGGAGCUCCAGAUCCGAUUACCGACCGCGGAGCAGCUUCAGGCCGGAGCUGAGAGAGCAGAGAGGGCGGGGGGAAAACCCCCCUCACUCACGGACUGGUUUGGCCGGGACUCACUCACUCACUCCGGAGUCCUCGCUGGAAGCUCUCACUGAAGCUCUAACGCCGCAUCAGCCUCCAAAACUUCUUACCGCACUUCUUUCACUUCGACUCCUUUUCGGACAAUGUGAGGAAAUGGCCGAGCGAAGGUCUGACUGGGUGGAGAUCGUGGAGCCGCGCUCGCGGGAGCGCAUGUAUGUCAACCUGCUGACGGGCGAGUGUGGCUGGGAGCCGCCGCUGGGAGUGCCCGUUCGCCAGGCCGACGGCAACCAGUGGUGGGAGCUGUUUGACAGCAACAACAACCGCUUCUACUACUACAACUCCACCAGCCAGCAGACAGUGUGGCACCGGCCACAGGACUGCGACAUCGUGCCCCUGGCCCAGCUCCAGGCCAUUAAGAAGAGCUCGGAGGCCGAGCUGAAGGGCCACGGGCGGCCCGUGAGGCCUGGGGCUGGAGCAGGCUUAGGGGAAGGCAGGAACACCCCCCUGCCCAAAAUGGUUUCACCAGUCUUAGCUACCUCUCAGGACCUGGAGAUCGGGAGGGAGGUGCCAUCGGCUAAAGGGAGAGAAGACAGUCUGGAGAAGAUGAGCCAAGGCAGCAGGGAACCAGCUCAAAGAUGGCAGCCCGCUCCGGGCUCCAAGGCAGCCUUGUUGGUGAAAGUGAACAACACCGGCAGAAACCAGUCCGCAACUCCCGCUAGCACCAACCACCUUGUGCACCUCGGCCCGUCUUCCAGUAGCUCCACCUACACCCCGUCCCACCCUAGCAGGCCUGGCCACUUUGGCAAUAUGGCCGUGCCUGGAGACCCCAAGCAAGCCUUCCACCUCAAGAAGGCUGACAAUGGCAGCUUCUGCCUGGUAGUGCCCAACUCUGGCUCUGCUUCGUGCCCAACCCCCCAACACCCCAUCUCAGCUGCUCAGCGCCCUUCUUCUCCCCCAUAUGGAGCCACGCCCACUGCACCUGCCCCACCCAUCUACGAUGAGCCACCAGCCAUGGAUCCCCCCAUUUAUGAUGAGCCACCAGUGGAGAUGGAGGUAGAAGGGGUUCAGCCUUUAACCCGCAGUCACUACACCUCCACUCCCGCCCACAGCCUGCCCCGAGCAGUGCAACCCCCCAAACUCCUCCAGUUCCCCCAUGGCAAGCACAGGCGUAACCCCUCAGCCGGGGACUACAGCCCAGCUGGCCGUGAGUGCAUCAAGCACAUGGUCAACGUAGACCCAUCCGCCUCCAGGCUGAUCCAGCCCCAGCAUCCCUUGGCCUCCAAUGCUGGCCUGAUCCAGUCUCAACCUCCUUUGUCCUCUAAUCCCAGCCUGAUUCAGUCCCAGCCUCCCUUGGACUCCAAUCCCGGUGAGAUCCCAUCUCAGGUUCCUUCAGGCCUUCCAGCCCAGGCAAAGAAGGAGGUCUCUCUUGAGAAGAAGCAGUCUUGGAGGCUGCCAGAGCCCAGGCACAGCAGGCAGAGCAGCUUGGCAUCCCAGGAGUACCCAGGUCCAGCGGCUGUCACCUACCAGGACUCUGGUUACUCCACUGGACCUUCACCCAGCCUGCGAAGGAAGAACCGGAGGAGGGUCCCGGGGCCUGGAAUGGUCGGUUCAGGACGUCCCGGAUCGGCAGGAAGUGGAGAACUGAUGGCACUCAAUGACAAGCUAAUGGCAGAGAUGAAGGCGGCAGUGAGCCGCUCAGUGUCCAAAGCCAGCCUGGACACAGAAAUGGGUUCAGAAGCUUCUGGAAGUGGAACCGCCCGCUCCCCUCCAGGAUCACUAAGGAAUGGGACACGGCCUGGAGGGAUGCGGGGGUCCAGGGAGGACGUCACUACCAGCGAGCAUUCACUGUACCGCAAUGGUGGGAAUAGCCAUGGCGAUGUGCCAAUGUCACCGUUAGCAAUGGAAGGCAUGGCCAUGAGGCAGAAGAGGACUUAUGAGAAAGUGGACUCUCUAGAGAAAAGCGGAGCGUCUCAGACAAGCCUGUCCUCACCGGAACCACCCAUGUCCCCCUCCCAGACAGGAACACUGGAAUCCAAAGGCCAGCCGGAGCUCCGCCCCCAGCACGGCGACACCCACAACGAUGAUGACAACGGCAGACCUGGUCAUGGCACUGCUCCCAUCCCUUCUGCUCACAGCAACACCCUACAAGCUCGCCACCCCUCAUCCAGCUCCACCUACCAGUACCCUUACUCCACCCUGUGCAAGCCCUCGGCCGACGUGGACAUGGAGGACUGGGCCAGCAAAAACUUUAACCUGCACACUCAGGGUCUGUUCCGCCGCCGCGUCUCCAUCGCCAACAUGCUGUCGUGGAACGGCGGCUCCAUCAAGAAGCCCAUGCUGAUCACCAGCGACCGAGCCGUCAAGAAGGAAGCCUGCGAGAUGUUUAAGCUGGUGCAGGUGUACAUGGGCGACCGGCCGGCCCGUCUGGACCGCCGUCACGCUGCCCUGCUGGUGGUCACCAAGUGCUGGGGUACACAGGGCCUGAGGGACGAGCUGUACGUGCAGCUCGUUAGGCAAACCACGGACAACCUGUGCCUGCACAGCCUGGAGGCCGGUUGGGAGCUGAUGGCCAUCAGCCUGGCCUUUUUCUCUCCCUCACCCAAGUUCAGACGCUACCUGGAGGGCUACAUUCAGAGACAUCUGGAGCCCAGUAAUGACAAGAAGAUAUUACAGAGAAUUAUGGAACAACAGGACAUAAAAAACAAGAAGAACUCAAAGUCCAGGAAGAAGAGGAAGCAGAACAAUGAAGAGGAGGAAAAGCCGGGUCUGCCGAUCAGCACAUACGCCAAGUACUGCUACCGCAAGCUGCAGAAGGUCGUUGUGACCGGGGGCAAGAAGGGUCUGAGGAAGCCCACUCUGGAUGAGAUUGAUCACGGGCGCAACGCCAUUGUGACACCAUCUCUGUUCGGCAGUGCCCUGGAGGAAAUCAUGGAGAGGCAGAGCCAGCUGUUCCCUCAGAGGAGGCUGCCCUGGGUGCAGGUGCAGCUCUCGCAGUGUGUGCUGGCCCUUGGCGGAGCUCAGACAGAGGGCAUCUUCAGAGUACCCGGAGACAUUGAUGAGGUAAACGCCCUCAAGCUACAGGUGGACCAGUGGAAAGUGCCAGAAAACCUCUCUGACCCUAACGUCCCUGCGUCGCUGCUGAAGCUGUGGUACAGGGAGCUGGAGGAGCCGGUGAUUCCGCAGAGCUUCUAUACGCAGUGCAUUAGUCACUAUGAGGAUCCUGAGGCAGCCAUCGGUGUAGUGCAGUCAUUACCUGAGCUCAACAGACUGGUGCUUUGCUACUUCAUCCACUUCUUACAGGUUUUCGCCCAGCCGGUGAACGUGAGUAAAACCAAGAUGGACGUGAAUAAUCUGGCCAUGGUGAUGGCUCCCAACUGUCUGCGCUGCCAGUCUGACGACCCCCGUAUCAUCUUCGAGAACACGCGCAAAGAGAUGUCCUUCCUUCGCAUGCUCAUCGUGCACCUGGACACCAGCUUCAUCCAGGGCCUCAUCUGACCACUCAGCCCUAACCUUUCUUCCUUCUAAUCAGCACUGAGUGCCCAGUUUCUCUCACUGUGGGACACUAAACUAUGGCAUUGGUGACAAUAAGAGAUAAAUCUCGUCUGGUCAUCUCCACCCUUCCCAGCUUGGACAUACUGAUGUCUUAAAGGAAGCUAUGUCGGAUUUCUUUGCGGUGGCCACAAGCUUUCGGCCCCAUGGUUAUCAGACCUUUAGUUCCUAAACCGAAACCUUCAAACCUGAAUCACCAGCAAGUGAAACCUCGAACUUACGGCUCAGCGACUCACUACAUACCAGCUUUCACGGAAGGUCCUUAGAUCUGAAUCUGCUCUGAAUCAAUUUGAGCGAAUCCUCAGCCAGGAAAGAGGCUCCUGGAGGAGUCUCCGCAGCACUGUACAGACUGGAUCUACAUCGUUCUCACUGCAGAUGUCAUGCUGAUGAUGCUGGUGUGCGAUCCAGCGUGUCCGCAGCAGCCCGACUGCUGAGCACGUGAAACCACAUGUGCAGGGAUAUGAAUGAUGCAGCAGGACUUCAAACAAGACCAUGUUCUAUGGGUCAUUACUACUAAUUCUCUCUAUUUGAAAAGCAGGGUUUGGACAUGCUUUGUGGACAAUCGUGAUCUUUUUUUUUUCUUUUACUCUAACAGAUUAUGCAAGCAGUGAUCCUCAGAUCCUCAGUGUAUUUCUCUAAUUUAAUACGGUAUGACUGUGUUGGGUAUUUAAUGGAUGGUAUUUGUAUGCUGUGGAGCGUACAGGGGAGAAUGCGAUGCUCCAGUUUUGUCUCUGAGGCAGGAGAGAAGCUCAGUGGAGUAGCGGUUGAUAGCCUGCGGAAGUCCACGAUUUUAUCUGGGUCUAUGUGGUCCCAGACGGCCUGCCGCAAGGUCAUCCCACUCAAAUCUAGAGGGCAAGGCCUGGACAGGGCUUCUAAACAACCUCCUUCUGACUCUCCUCUCCAUUUGAGAAGGGAACAAUUAGACCUUUGAUGAAGUGCACCCAGUUAUUUUCAGCUUUUAGCAGGACAACGGAAAGGCACGCAGCUAAUGAGGACUCAUCGUCAUCAGCUGCGUCCCGUAGCAAGCAUCUCUGGCUCUGUGGAAACCAUUUACAAACCUGACCCAAACUGGGGGAGUAAAUUCCUGCGUUGCUGUUCCCCAAAAUCAGUUUACAGAAAGUGGGAGGGAUUCAUGUCUGAGAUGUGUGGUUAAGGGGACAGGCAGGAGGCUGGCUGUAGUAUAUUUAGCUCUGUGGUCAGAGAUUUGGGGUUUAGCGCCCAGCAUGGGACUGGAAUGCCUCUUGGUUUUGGCAAGAGACUGUGCUGGAGUGUACACAUGCAUAGCACAAAUCUCCCCCCCUUCUAUUUUUAACCUCUAGGCCCCAAAUGAGAGGGUUCCGCCAGUCAAAAAAGGUCCAACGAGAUUAGCUGCAUGUUAAAGCCCCUUUUCUAGCAUUUCCACAGCCAUUCGUCUGGGUCCCGCUGGUCCAGACAGCCUGCAAGUGCACUUUACUUCGGUCCCAUUCACCUUCCCUUCAUGACUAGAUGAGAGGGUGAGCAGACGUCACUGCAUUUGGGCUGUAGUACAAAGAGCCUCUCCAAAACAAAUGCUGACUUAACAGAAGCACUUCAGGGUUUUGCUUCUGUAAGUUGUACAUCGCCUCGGCAUCUGCAUAUCAAAGCAAAUGAAAGCGAAUGAACAACCUGAUUAGAAGAUACAGGUACCAUUCUUAUGGCUCAUUGGCUGUUGGCCAAUGUUAUGAGGAUUGUAAGGCUGUCGAUGUCGAUUCUGUUAGUAAAUCAGUAUUGAUUAUUUUAACAAUUCAUUCCCAAAUCUGAUUUUUUUUUAAGAAAAAGGCAAAAAAAUAAAACUGAACUGAGCAAUAAUAAACCAUGCAUAGCCUUUCAAAGAAUCCCAAAUCCUUUUUUUGGAAAAGGACACCUUUAAAAAGACUUCUUAUAAAUAUAAAGUGGCUCUGGGAAAUUGUAAAAAAUGCAUUAUCGUUAUGCAAAUUGUCAACCAAUCAUCGCUGAUUCACCGAAAAGGUACAUUUUAAUCAAGUAAUCAAGUUUAAUUGAUUCAUUGUGACGGCCCUGGUGGAGUGACACGACUUGUAGCUCUGACUGAUGGGACUGGGGAUGUGAGCUGGGCCUGAGGAGAGGCUUUUGGGUUCAUCAGGAACGGUUCCAUCUUUGUGCAGGACGAAACAGCAGGUUAUUCCACUGGAGUUUUCCUCUUGUGCUGUAUAUAUGACCAUAUGUGAAUACUAACAUGCUCGCCAUGUCUCACCAUGAACUCUGAUUCAUCACUUUUGUUACAAUAAAAGUCACUUCAUUCAUGGGUUUACCUUCAUUUUACACUCUCUCGGGUGGUUCAGGUUGUCUAACCUUGUUUUAAAUAUGAUCCUCCUUGUUUUUGAUGAUUGUGUAUGAUGAAAGGAACUGUAGCAGAAUACAGUAACGUUGUGUUGUUGACAGCCCCCCCUUACCCCCAAAUACUGUAUUGCACUUACCUUUGUCCGCUCCCUAUCCGUGGGUGUCCUUACCGGCACGGAGGAGUCUGACUGUAAAUGCUCCUUCUCUUUCUUUCUUUUUCGGCGCAGCAUUAACAGGUGCUCGCUUCAGAGAGUGCGAAAACAGCAGCUCAUGCUGAUCUGGAAAACUUGGAUGGUGUGCAUUUCGUUUUGCAUCAUUUCCUAAAGGAAGAAUAAAGUUUGUAAAUUUG